CGUCUACCAAGCCAGGUUCAAGUCAGUUCUCACCACUUAUCAUUGUAAUAAUCAUCCGAUGGAAUGCCACAUGAGCUCAUGAGGGCUUGAACAGACGAACCACAACCGUAGCAGCACCACCAGAAACCUCCACCGUCAGCCCUGAAACAACAACAACAACAACAAGCAACAACAGUAACAACAUAAAUGGCAGUGCCAGGACUGCGGGCAUUAGCGCUAACUGCAUGCAGUCAACAUCAUCAAUGAGAGGAAUAUCAUGUCAAGGAAAGAAAGGUAAGAGCGCCGGCCUGAAGCAGAUAUUCUCACGGGCGCGCCUUUGGGAAAAAAGGAAUUAAACGGCCCGAGAGCUCCUUGGAGGCCGUUGGAAAAGCAGUCGUCGAGCCUCGGCGUGAGAAUCGAAAAUCGCUCGGACAGAGGAAGCAAAACCGAAAAGGACGAAAAGAAGAUCUUCCUUCGAACUUCUGGCCAAGUUCCAACAGUUCCAAGCGAUCAUCAGUUGGUGUCGACUCGUCGAGUGAACAGGACGGAAGGUGCCAACUCCUGGACACGAACCAACUUCAUCCCGAUCCAUCCAAGAAAUAAUUGCUCAUCAUGUACGACACAUACACCUUCCAAGGCCAAGUGUAUUCGCCCGCCUUCUCCGAACCGCCCUCCCCAAUGUCUACCUCAUCUGACGGAGACGAAUCCUCCAAUGAAUCUGGCUACCCGCCCAAAGUGUAUACCCCACCAGUGGAAGCCUUUGUUAAUAAAAAGCCUCGAUUCCCAACCAUCUACCACGAAGCUUUGCAACCCCUGAGUCCCUGUACCACUCUGUCGGUCCCACAAGGGUGUGUUGUCAGACCCACUCACAAAUCCCACGUGGAUGUGGGACUGCAAAACGAGUUCCUAGCUCUCCUUCGUGUCAGUGACUUGUCCAAGAUCGAGAUGUUUCUGCGGGAACACUCCGAGGAUUUGGACGUGAACCAGUUCAACGAGUUCGGAGACACCCCCAUUCACGAGGCCUGUGUACAAGGCAAUUUGAACUUGGUCAAAUGUCUGGUGCAAUACGGUGCGGACUCAAGGCUCUCCAAUCGAGAUGGCUUUACCCUCAUGCAUCUGGCCUCAUUCAGUGGACGAUCGGAUCUGUUGGCGUAUGUAUUGACCCUGCGAAACCGGGACCAUUCUCGAUCCUGAGGUCGGCUUAUUGUUAUUCCUGGUGGUGUUGUUGUCAAUGUCAUCGAUAUGUUAUUUCUCUCUGUUUUCAUUGUGAUAGAGGCUACAAGUCUCACCCUCCCAAACGCAUAAGAAAUAUACGGUCAUAUAUAUUCAAAUUCAGACUUGAGACU